AUGUCAUAUUCUAUGUCGAAAUUCCCAGAAAGAGUUUCAAAACUCUUCAAUCCUAGACCUCCUCUUCAAUAUAAAAAGCCUGUCGAUUAUCCUCCUGAAAAACGUCGAACACACUUCAUAGCACCCCUCUCCAGUUUAGUAUUUUCUGACACUUUAGUACGAUACAUGCAGGAACAUCCUCAGGGUUCUGAAAAUAGGCAUCUGGACAAGUACGAGGAAGUUAGGUCUCUUACUGCCAGGAAUGAAAGAUUACUUGAAGCAGAACAAGCGAAAUGGGUUCCAGAAGAGGACAGUAAUAUAAACGAUACGGACCCCUUUAGGACUAUAUUUGUCGGCAGACUACCUUAUGAAGUCGAUGAGCUAGAAUUGCAGAAACAGUUCAUCAAGUUCGGCGAUAUAGAGAGAGUCCGUAUAGUAAGAGACAAACUUACAAAUGAACCAAAGGGGUAUGCUUUCGUUCUAUUUAAAGAUACAGAAGGUAGUCGAAAAGCUUAUAGAGAAAUUGGCGUCCACAGAGGAUUACUGAUCAAGGGGCGGCCUGUCAUCGUAGAUAUUGAACGUGGAAGGACAGUCAAGUUUUUUAAGCCAAGAAGACUUGGUGGAGGAUUAGGUGGUAGGGGUUACAUGAAACGUGAACGGCUAAGCCAAUUAAGUGUUCUAGGAGCUGACCAUCAAGCCACAAAGCACAGUGUUGACAUAGAUAGAAGAUCAAGAUUUGGUACAAGCUCAUCGGGUGGUAGACCGCAAGCUCAUGCAGGCAACUACCGUGGAAUGGGAUAUAAAUAUGGCUCUACACCACAGUAUGCCAAUGGACCUAGAUUCCUGCGUGAAGGUUCAAGUUAUAUUCCCCCCACCAGGCCUCCCGCCACAAACGCACCAGUAGCUACAGCUGCUAAUCCUGCUCAAUCAAAGCCAACGCAGACCUUCUAUAGAUCUAGGCGUGAUCGAAAUAUAAACUCAGAUACUACGAAAUCGCCCUCAUCGAUGGACUACUAG